AUGUCCACCAAGGUCAGCAAGUGCAAGGAGCAAGCGAGGGUGACCUUCCCCGCGCCGGAGGAGGAGGAGGAGGGCGAGGACGAAGGCGCGGAGCCGCAGCGCCGCCGACGGGGCUGGAGGGGCGUCAACGGGGGGCUCGAGCCGCGCUUGGCGCCCUGGCAGCGGGAACCGUACGACUACUGCCUGCCGCCCUUCCCGCCGGGGCCCGACAUGUCAAUGGAGGAAAGCCCUUCCCUGAGGCGUAAGACGGUGAUGCGCGAGAAGGGCCGGCGCCAGGCUGUGCGGGGCCCGGCCUUCAUGUUCAACGAUCGGGGCACCAGCCUCACCGCCGAGGAGGAGCGCUUCCUCGACGCCGCCGAGUACGGCAACAUCCCGGUGGUGCGCAAGAUGCUGGAGGAGUCCAGGACGCUGAACGUCAACUGCGUGGACUACAUGGGCCAGAACGCGCUGCAGCUGGCGGUGGGCAAUGAGCACCUGGAGGUGACCGAGCUGCUGCUCAAGAAGGAGAACCUGGCGCGCAUCGGCGACGCCCUGCUGCUCGCUAUCAGCAAGGGCUACGUGCGCAUCGUGGAGGCCAUCCUCAACCACCCGGGGUUCGCGGCCAGCAAGCGCCUCACCCUGAGCCCCUGUGAGCAGGAGCUGCAGGACGACGACUUCUACGCCUACGACGAGGACGGCACGCGCUUCUCCCCCGACAUCACCCCCAUCAUCCUGGCGGCGCACUGCCAGAAGUACGAGGUGGUACACAUGCUGCUGAUGAAGGGCGCCAGGAUCGAGCGGCCGCACGACUAUUUCUGCAAGUGCGGGGACUGCACGGAGAAGCAGAGGCACGACUCCUUCAGCCACUCGCGCUCGAGGAUCAAUGCCUACAAGGGGCUGGCCAGCCCAGCGUAUCUGUCCUUGUCCAGCGAGGACCCCGUGCUCACCGCCCUGGAGCUCAGCAACGAGCUGGCCAAGCUGGCCAACAUAGAGAAGGAGUUCAAGAAUGACUAUCGCAAGCUCUCCAUGCAAUGCAAAGACUUCGUAGUGGGUGUGCUGGAUCUUUGCCGAGACUCGGAAGAGGUAGAAGCCAUUCUGAAUGGAGAUCUGGAAUCGGCAGAGCCUCUGGAGAUGCACAGGCAUAAAGCUUCACUGAGUCGUGUCAAACUUGCCAUUAAGUAUGAAGUCAAAAAGUUUGUGGCUCACCCCAAUUGCCAGCAGCAGCUCUUGACAAUCUGGUACGAGAACCUCUCAGGCCUGCGGGAACAGACGGUAGCUAUCAAGUGUCUGGUGGUUCUGGUCGUGGCCUUGGGCCUUCCGUUCCUUGCCAUCGGCUACUGGAUUGCACCUUGCAGCAGGCUGGGGAAAAUUCUGCGAAGCCCUUUUAUGAAGUUUGUAGCACACGCUGCUUCUUUCAUCAUCUUCCUGGGCCUGCUUGUGUUCAAUGCCUCAGACAGAUUCGAAGGAAUCACCACGUUGCCCAAUAUCACUGUUACUGACUAUCCCAGACAGAUCUUCAGGGUGAAGACCACCCGGUUCACAUGGACUGAGAUGCUAAUUAUGGUCUGGGUUCUUGGAAUGAUGUGGUCUGAGUGUAAGGAGCUCUGGCUGGAAGGACCCAGGGAAUACAUUUUGCAGUUGUGGAAUGUCCUAGACUUCGGGAUGCUCUCCAUCUUCAUUGCUGCUUUCACAGCCAGAUUCCUGGCUUUCCUUCAGGCAACAAAAGCACAACAGUAUGUGGACAGUUAUGUCCAAGAGAGCGACCUCAGUGAAGUUACACUUCCACCAGAGAUACAGUAUUUUACUUAUGCCAGAGAUAAAUGGCUCCCUUCGGACCCUCAGAUCAUAUCGGAAGGUCUCUAUGCCAUAGCUGUCGUGCUCAGCUUUUCUCGGAUCGCCUACAUCCUCCCUGCGAAUGAGAGCUUCGGCCCCUUACAGAUCUCUCUUGGAAGGACUGUGAAGGACAUAUUUAAGUUCAUGGUCCUCUUUAUUAUGGUGUUUCUUGCUUUUAUGAUUGGCAUGUUCAUACUUUAUUCUUACUACCUUGGGGCUAAAGUAAAUGCUGCUUUUACCACUGUAGAAGAAAGUUUCAAGACUUUGUUUUGGUCAAUAUUUGGGUUGUCUGAAGUGACUUCCGUUGUGCUCAAAUAUGAUCACAAAUUCAUAGAGAAUAUUGGAUACGUUCUUUAUGGAAUAUACAAUGUAACUAUGGUGGUGGUUCUACUCAACAUGCUCAUUGCUAUGAUUAAUAGCUCAUAUCAAGAGAUUGAGGAUGACAGUGACGUAGAAUGGAAGUUUGCUCGCUCAAAACUUUGGUUAUCGUAUUUUGAUGAUGGAAAAACAUUACCUCCACCCUUCAGUCUAGUUCCUAGUCCAAAGUCAUUCAUUUAUUUCAUCAUGCGGAUCAUUAACUUUUCCAGAUGCAGAAGGAGAAGGCUACAGAAGGAUAUAGAAAUGGGAAUGGGUAACUCAAAGUCCAGGUUAAACCUCUUCACUCAGUCUAACUCAAGAGUUUUUGAAUCACACAGUUUUAACAGCAUUCUCAAUCAGCCAACACGUUAUCAGCAGAUAAUGAAAAGACUUAUAAAGCGGUAUGUUUUGAAAGCACAAGUAGACAAAGAAAAUGAUGAAGUUAAUGAAGGUGAAUUAAAAGAAAUCAAGCAAGAUAUCUCCAGCCUUCGCUAUGAACUUUUGGAGGACAAGAGCCAAGCGACUGAGGAAUUAGCCAUUCUAAUUCAUAAACUCAGUGAGAAACUGAAUCCCAGCGUGCUGAGAUGUGAAUGAUUCAGUAACCUGGAAUUAUGGCUUUGACUAUAGCACAAAUGUGGGCAAUAAUAUUUCUAAGUAUGAAAUACUUGAAAAACUAUGAUGUAAAUUUUUAGU